AUGGCUCCCAAGUUACUGCUUGGUCUUCUGGCACCCAUCCUCUCGCUACGGAUGAGUAAGGCGAAGGAAGACGCGCCGGCUACCCGGUUCAAUGCUCCGGGGGACUUUAUCAUCGGGGGGAUGUUUGCCUUUCAUUCCAAAGUACAGUACCUGACCGUGGAUGGGAAGCCCCAGUUCCCCGCUUGCUACAGCUUCUACCUCAUUGGCUACCUACAGCAUCUGGCCAUGCGCUUUGCCAUUGAGGAAAUCAACAACUCCACUUCUCUUCUGCCCGGCAUCCAACUCGGCUACGAAGUCCACGACACCUGCAACAACGAGGCGGUGGCCACCAAGGCAGCCCUCGCCUUCCUCUCGAGAGAUCCAGAAAACGACAAUGCGGCACAGUGUGACUACGCCAACGCCAAGCCCCGGGUCAUUGCUGUCGUGGGACCCAGCAGCUCAUCCCUCAGCAUGUUGGUGACUCGGAUCCUGAAUUUCCUCUCCAUCCCAGAGGUAAGCUUCGGGAGCUCCAGCAGCUACCUGAGCGACCGCCAGACCUUCCCCUCUUUCUUCCGAACCAUCCCCAGCGACAGCUGCCAAGCGGACGCCAUCGUCCAGCUCCUGAACAAGUUCAACUGGAACUGGGUGGCCGCCUUGGCCACGGACAACCUGUACGGCCGGCAAGCCCUGGAGAUAUUCACCCAGGAGGCCCUCCUGAAGGACAUAUGCGUGGCGUACGAAGCCAUCCUCCCCGACGGCCUGAACCCAUCAGAGCAAAACGCCAAGCUGAUCGACAUUGCCGACCGGCUAGAGAACUCGCACAUCAACGCCACCGUGGUCUUCGCCUCGCCGGAGGAAGCGGAGGCGCUGCUGAGAGCGGUGGUGGCGACGAGGAUCACCCGAAGGGUGUGGAUCGCCAGUGAAUGUUGGUCGGCCUCCCCCGGCGUGGCCCUCAUUCCAGGCAUCAGCAACAUCGGCACUCUGUUUGGGAUCGCCAUCAAAAGCGGAGCCAUGCCAGGCUUUGCCGAAUACGUCCAGAACCUCCUGGCCCAACCGCAGCCAGGCCGGACCACGGAGGAGGAGGAGGUCAACGAGCAGUGUCCCGAAUGCGGUUCUCUGACGUACGCGAACUUCUCUCGCGCGAUCCAGAACUCAAGGUUCUACACCAUGUUCAACGCCUACAAAGCGGUCUACGCCAUCGGCCAUGCUCUCCAUCAGCUGCUCCACUGCGACACCGCAAGCCGGACGUGUGACGCGGACCGAGAGGUCUACCCUUGGCAACUUCUGGAGGAAAUCGCAAGGGUCAACUUCACUGUCGAGUCGGAGCCUGUUUAUUUCACUGAGACGGGAGAUCCGCCGACGGGUUACGAUCUGAUCCUCUGGGACUGGAUUCCCCCCAAGAACCACACCUUUGGCAUCGUCGGGAGUUACGACGCCCUGGAGAGGCAGCUGACCGUCAACGAGUCAAAGAUUAAAUGGAACACGGAAGACGGCAAGCUGCCAGUUUCAAGAUGCACACAGGAGUGCAAACCGGGGCAGAAGAGAUGGCUGAGAGGCGAACACAACUGCUGUUACGAGUGCGAAGACUGCCCGGCUGGUUCCUUCCAGGACCAAGCCCAUCCGACCGAAUGCACCCCCUGCCCUCAGCACCAGUGGUCUCCCGCCCAGAGCACCAAAUGCUUCAACCGAGCCGUCGAAUACCUCGAAGUCACCGACCUCCUGGCCACCAUCAUGGUGGCCUUAACCGGGCUCGCCCUGGCUCAGAUGGCGGCCGUGACGGGCGUAUUGCUCCGGCACCACGCCAGCCCCGCCAUCCGGUACGUGGGCCGCUUCCCCGCCUCCGCCGUGAUCCUCUCCUCGGCCUGCUGCUGCACCAGCUGCUUCCUCUUCGUCACCAAGCCCACCGACACGAUUUGCAAGCUCCGGCAGCCCAUCUUCUUCGGGAGCUUCGCCGUCUGCUUAGCCGCGCUGCUGGGGACGGCCGUCCGGCGCUCGGGGCUGGAGCAGACCUUGAAGCGGCGUUGGCUGAGGAAACAUCACAUGGGCUUCUCCAUCCUCCUCAACACGGCCGUCCAAGGCCUGCUCUGCCUCCUCUGGUAUUACUGGAACCCCCCUUUCUUGGAGGAGAACACGGAGUUGGACAAGAUCCUGCUGCUGCAGUGCGAGGACAGCGCCUUCCCCGGCUUCACCGCUCUCCUCGCCCACGUCUACUGCCUCGCGCUCUUCUGCUGCUUCUGCUCCCUGGUCGGGCAGGGCGGGAACCAGAUGGACCGCAGGGCGACCAAAGCCAUCAACUUCGCCGUGGUCCUCAUCCUCAUCAUCUGGACCCUCUUCCUGCCCGCCUACGUCACCUCCCAAGGGAAGUUCGUCGCCCUGUUUCAGAUCUUCGCCGGCCUGGCCAGUAUCUUGGCCAUCUUUGGGUCUUGCUACUACCCCGUGUGUUACGUGGUGCUCUUUGCCCCACACCUGAACACCGACGAUUACUUCAGCUGCCUGCCUCAGGACCCUCCGGCCGACAAGGAGAAACCGAGCGCCGCAGAGGCCAAGGGAUAG